UGUCAAAAUUAGUCGCGAGAAUGAAAUUGUAGGAAAAGCAAAACACUCGUUUUUGAAGUAUUUUUCAAUUUUUAAUCAAUAAUUUCAUUGGGCUGAAACAGUUUGGAUACUAUUCUUGGACAAGUAAAGUUUGAUUCACAAUAAGACAGCUUAUUUUCGUUCGUAUCUCUGAAACUCAGGAUCAGACGACCGCAAAACAAUGAGCUUCUCCAGUGACGAAGUGAAUUUUCUUGUUUACCGCUACCUCCAAGAAUCAGGGUUUUCUCACUCAGCGUACACAUUUGGAAUUGAGUCUCACAUUUCGCAAAGCAACAUAAAUGGAGCGCUAGUUCCACCGGCCGCACUGCUUAGUAUUUUGCAGAAAGGCUUACAGUACACGGAAGCCGAAAUUAGCAUUGGCGAAGAUGGAACUGAGCAACGCUUGGUGGAGAGUUUAAGUCUGAUCGAUGCUGUAAUGCCGGAGGUGGUAGCAAUAAGGCAAAAUAUGCAGAAUCAACAGAAGCAAACAAUCAAGACCGAAACAACGGAAACAAAUGGAACAACUAACACAACCACUGAAGAAACAUCGACUGCUCAAACUACAACUUCCACGACUACGACAACCACGUCAACAUCAACACCGGUUCCAUCUGAGAAUAUGGAAGUUGAUCAGAGUAUCGAGAUCCCCGCAUCGAAGGCCACGGUUCUGCGUGGUCACGAGAGUGAGGUGUUUAUUUGUGCUUGGAACCCAAGCACAGAUUUACUUGCAAGCGGUUCGGGUGACAGCACUGCCCGUAUUUGGGACAUGUCCGAUAACUCAACAAAUCCGAAUCAACUUGUUCUAAGACAUUGCAUCCAGAAGGGUGGAACGGAAGUACCCAGCAAUAAGGAUGUCACAUCAUUGGAUUGGAACUGUGAUGGGACGCUUUUAGCAACUGGUUCAUACGAUGGGUACGCUCGAAUUUGGCGUACUGAUGGUUUGCUAGCAAGUACCUUGGGGCAGCACAAGGGGCCGAUUUUUGCACUCAAGUGGAACAAACGCGGCAACUACAUUUUAUCGGCAGGAGUAGAUAAAACGACCAUCAUUUGGGAUGCCGCUACCGGUCAAUGUACGCAACAGUUCAGCUUUCACUCUGCUCCGGCAUUGGACGUGGAUUGGCAGUCAAACCAGUCGUUUGCUAGUUGCAGUACUGAUCAGUGCAUUCACGUGUGCAAACUGGGCGUAGACAAACCUAUAAAGUCUUUCCAAGGACAUACGAAUGAAGUCAAUGCCAUCAAAUGGGAUCCGCAAGGCCAGCUGUUGGCGUCCUGUUCGGAUGACAUGACUUUGAAGAUUUGGUCAAUGAAACAGGAUACAUGUGUUCAUGAUUUACAGGCUCACUCAAAAGAAAUCUACACGAUCAAAUGGUCACCGACUGGCACCGGCACAAACAAUCCAAAUAUGAACCUUAUUUUAGCAAGUGCUUCCUUUGAUUCAACGGUUCGUCUUUGGGAUGUAGAGCGGGGUGCUUGUAUUCAUACAUUGACAAAACACACGGAACCCGUUUAUUCAGUUGCAUUCAGUCCAGAUGGAAAGUUUCUGGCAUCGGGAAGUUUCGAUAAAUGUGUACAUAUUUGGAGCACACAGAGCGGACAAUUGGUGCACAGCUACAAGGGUACCGGAGGUAUUUUCGAGGUGUGCUGGAAUUCUCGAGGAAGCAAGGUUGGUGCCAGUGCUAGUGACGGUAGCGUGUUUGUACUGGACUUGAGGAAGUUAUGAGCGGGACUAACGACUGCAGUCGAGAAAAAGGUCAACUCAAUCGGUUCAUGAGUUUUGACUACGAAGUGUUUUUCUUGUCGUUUGAGGAAUGUUCCUGCACAUUGCAACAUUACUCUAACGAUUUUCAUUUUGUGUUAAGAUUUAGCUUUAAGUAGUGUAUAGGAAACAAUAGUGUAGAAGAGAGAAAUACAUACAUUCUAUUGUAUCUUGACAGCGCAAUCAGAAUCGACUGCAAUUAGAUUUUACAUCCUUCAUUAUAAGCUUAUUUUAACUCCUAUAAUGUUUUGAUUCAAAAUUUUGGAAUGAAAGAAGCAUAAGAAUUGUUUAAUGAAACUUCUUUAUGUAUUAAGAUUCACUCUAAAUUAUGUGAUAUAUGAUCAUGUUAUUUUCAUACAACAACAUGUUUCCCUGUAUCCUUUUUCAUAUAUUGGUUUUGUGUAAAUGAGUGCAUGCAUGAUUAUUUUACUAGAUAUAAGUUACAUACUGCCAGAUCACUUCGGAGUAUUGAACAAAAAUAUUACUAUACUCAAAAAAUUUCUUGAUAAAAUAACAUGUUCAUGAUCUUACUGCAAUUUAAAAAUUACAUCCAAAAUUAAACAAGGAGAUAAAUAAGCUUUAUUCCUUAUAUGGUUUUCGUUUUUCGGUCUUAGAUCGGUGUAGCACAAAAACAGAACUCAUUUACUAUACACAAGUAUGUACGACUGGUGUUAAUCUUCCAGAAAUAGUACACUACACUACAAAGGUGAGUUCAUUACAGUUCAGAUCGUGGUAUAGUCAACACUAGUGCGACUAUCGAAUGGUUAAUGCCACUAAAUCAAUAUAUACGAGCAUGCUCGAGCGAUAAAUGCUUGUUGAAAAACCACUCAAAUACAUAAAAAAGUAAGUGAAUUAUCAAGUAAGAUGUUUCAUCGAUGCUGAUCGGAUGUUGUCAAAUCACAAUUCAUUCUGCCCGUAGAAGUAAUAAACUAGUUUUUAAACCCAAA